AUGCCUGGAGCUGAAGACGACCUGAGAAUACCGACUGCUAAAGACCACUGUUUUGUAACACCGCGAUUCACAAAGAAUUCCGCUAUAUCCGGCCCGAGCAGCGUCGCUAGUGCUAAAAGCUAUCAAUCGAGUGAACUGGGAGUGGACGCCGACUUUUUUGGUGUUGAGUGUACGGACAGUGACAUUCUUGAGGGUUUGAACGACGGGGAGAUGACGAUCAUGAACGACGACGAUGCCGAUCUGAGCGAAGAAGAAGAGGAAGUCAUGGAAAACUCGAUUGAUUUUUCGGUCAAUCGAGCCACCGUGACACGUGCGGGAGUUAUUCCGUGCUGCGUGUUUGUGGGCAGGGUGCGGUGGGACACCACGGACUGGGAGAUUUAUUUUGGACAGAAACAGCUACUGCGACUGCAUCUGCACUUACAUCUUCAUUGUAUCCUCCACCAUCGUAAACUCAUGCAGGGCGUGCAUCUGCCAUGGACGAUCUGGCGUGAAAAGCGGGCUGAAAAACGUGUGGAAGACGUGUAUGUGGUACAGGACUAUAUUCGAGAUCUGCUGAAGGACAGGGACUUGCGUAAUUCCGAACCGUUGUUAUCGUUCUUGGAGGUAAGUCCGUCGCGGGCGAUGUUGCGGCUAGGACCUUCGCUCAAGGAAGGGUAUGUGCACAUGCGCAUUAAUGGACCGUUUCAGCUACCGCUGUACACUUGCUUUAAUCGCACUAUUGAGGCGUUGUACCGGCAUUUGUACCGUGCUUGGAUGCGUAUUGCUUUCGUGUCAGCUAUCGUGGGUUUUAUUUUUCCAGUCUGCCUUGUGAUUCUGACGAGUCUUCCGACGUUCUUUUCUCCUCAGAAGGAGCUGGUGAAUUCAGACUCGGGUACUAAGGAAGUGUCAACAAAAUUGAACACGGCUGGAGUUUUCUUGGGCCUAGCUGUCUUAGCAGGCAUCAUCUUUUUUGCCGGGUUCGUUUACAAGUUUUUCCAGCACCGCCUUGGUGUUAUCCGACGAUGGGUUGUCCUGAAACCGUCGUGCUUUGCCGCGUACCGAAAUCGUAAUGACCAAGAGCCAAGCGAGGUAUUUUUGUUCGACAAGACAUUUACGGCAAGAAAAGGAAGCUACAGGCAAGGAGUGAGCUGGAUGCCAAGUGGUUUGGUCGUUGGCAGUCAAGCCGGUGAUAUUGAAAUUGAUACAGGGCAUUACUAUACUCGGCUAACAGCUUUUAUCGCUCUGAUGGGAGUUUGCUAUGGCAUCAUGCGUCUGUCAAAUAACAUUUAUGACUUUGAAGACCUUACUCUGAAUAAGAGGUUCGGUGUGCCAAUUGCAAACGCUUGGGGAUACGAAAACUGGACUGAGAGCAGCGAUAUUAAAUACUGCGGCUAUUACUUCACGGUACCCGAAGACGUCACGGUCUACGUCGAGAGUAAUAGUAAAGGUGCUGUUAUUUCGCAACUCCAGAUGCCGUCCUCCAAUUCGAUGACCGCGAACCUUGGCUAUUUCUGGCAAAGUGACAGCAUGGGCUACAGUCUGAAUGUGAUCACGAACGCAGUUGGAGCCGGCACGAUGGUGAGUGUGGUGAAGCCGAUUGAUGUGGCCAAUGAUCGUUUUUUCGAAUCGGGCUUGAACUUCACGCUGGGAAGCGUUGGAAACUUGAUGCUGGAGGGUGUUGGCACUGACCUUGAUGUGCAACAAUUCAGCAAUGUCGACAGUUUGUGUGCGAUAUCCGUGCGCGUUUCGCCUCUCACGUGGCGGACGUACAUCUACUACCUGCUUUUCCUGUUUGCAGGCGGUAUUAUCGCACCAGUGGUUGGUUUCCUGGCUAACUAUUUCGUGACGUACCUUGGUUUAUGGCACCCUCAUGUGCGUAGAGACCAUUGGUAUCGAUGUGUGUGUCGUCUUCAGAAGCUCAAGCGUCAGGAGUCUUCUACGCGGUUCGACUCGUUUGCCCCACAGCACAUAAGCGCUUUGGGUGACAACGAUGACGCCGUCAUCAGUGCGAAAGCGAAGACCGCAAACUUGCCUUUUCGAAGCACUCCUACUAGUGCAAUUAACCAAGUGGUAGAUUCUGUGUCGAAAUUGGACUCAGAAAGUGCCAUUCGUAUGGGCAAUGGGAAUUUAGUAACUUCGUCCGCGCGUGUGGACAGCAGCACACAGUCUGAGGAAAUGCUUGAGGCCCCACCUCCGAGCCCUAGCGCUGUCAGCUGGCAUGUGGAUGCAGAAGACACGUACGAGGCGAUGUUCAAAGCAAUCACUGGCGCCAAAUAUGAGAUUCUGAUUGCUGGAUGGUGGGUGUGUCCGGACCUGUUCUUGCUUCGUCCAGGCCGAAAGUUACAUCCACGUGACCCUGACGAAGAUCCUGAUGAGCAGCAAGUGAACAAGACGAUGCUGCGCCAGCUACUGAUGAAAAAAGCUGAGGCUGGUGUCAAGAUCUACGUGCUUAUUUAUCGUGAAGUGAAGCUGGCGCUCACACUCAACAGCGCAUAUACAAAGCGCAGUCUGAUGGUGCACCCUAAUAUUCGGGUUUUGCGUGAUCCGAUCUUCCAGAUACAAAGUUUAGGGUUCUGGUCGCAUCAUGAGAAGAUCGUUUGUAUUGACCAGUCUUUGGCGUUCGCGGGUGGACUAGAUCUGUGUUUCGGUCGAUACGACCACAGUGGACACCCGAUCAGUGACCCUGGCAACGAUCCUGUGUGGCGAGGCAAGGACUACUCGAAUCCGAUCAUCAAGGAUUUUGUCCGGGUAAACAAGCCGUUUGAAGAUCUUAUUGAUCGGUACUCACAACCGCGAAUGCCUUGGCAUGACGUACACUGCAGUAUUUCUGGUCCACCGGUGCAGGAUGUAGCCUUCCACUUCAUCCAGCGCUGGAACUUUGUGUGUUCUAAAAACGACUAUCAGCUUCGAACAGGUUGGUGCAUAUGCUUUCGUUCGCGGCGGUUUAAAUUCCUGCCGAAGUGCCUCGUGCCAAUGGAUUUCAAUGGAUGGACAUUGCAGUACCCGUCGUCAGAUCCGGAAGCGCUGCGGGAUGGAUCCACUCGGUCAACCAUUCCUGUCGUUCGUGAGGACUCAUUGACUAUGGAGCCGUUUCAAGUUGUGCAGUCGGUGAACCCCAUGUAUCCGUGCACGGCGUCGGGUCCACACUGGCCGCCGACCACUUCAUUGCAUCCAUUAAAUCCGAUGCGGCCUCCCUUUACGAGCCUAUCAACGGCCACGGGUCAACUGGACGAUGGAGAAGUGCUGCGAGCUCAGCGUGGCGAGUCAAUACUUCAAGUGUUUCACCCGAACGCUAGUAUUUGCAACGUCCAGGUGUGCCGCUCAGUAUCCAUGUGGUCAGCUGGCGUGCCGACGGAGGCUAGUAUCCAGGCUGCUUACAUAGACAUGAUUGCGAAGUCGAAGCACUACUUGUACAUUGAGAACCAGUUCUUUAUUUCAGGAAUGGAUGGCAACGGAAUCGUUCGUAAUCGGAUCCUGCAAGCAUUGGUGGAUCGUAUCGAGCGUGCCGUGCUACGUGACGAGAAAUUUCGGGUAUAUGUGGUGAUGCCGCUUCUUCCAGCAUUUGAGGGUAAUGUGCGCAGCCACGAACUCACCAAUCUUCACGCAGUUAUGCACUGGCAGUUUGCGACCAUUUGCCGUGGUCGCUACAGUCUUUUCGAGGCGCUAACUAGUGUGACUAAUCAUCCCGAGAACUACGUGGCUUUUUUCGGAUUGCGAAAGUAUGGCAUCAUGCCGAACGGAUGUGUGUCAACUGAGCAGAUCUACAUUCACAGCAAGCUCAUGAUCGCCGAUGAUCGAUGUGCUAUUAUCGGUAGCGCUAAUAUCAACGACCGCAGUAUGAACGGCGAUCGUGAUUCAGAAAUUGCUCUUGUGAUUGAGGAUAUGCAAUACGAGGACGGUCUGAUGAACGAGAAACCAUACCGCCGAGGGGUUACGGCCAGUAAGCUUCGGCUACAGCUAUUCCGUGAGCACCUCGGCCUGUCGGACGAUGACGAUUGUGUCUCCGAUCCAGUAUCUGAUCGCACAUGGCAAUCUAUCAAAGCAACCGCCUCGAACAACACUAAGAUUUUCGAGGCUGUCUUUGAUUGUGCGCCUUCCAACCGCAUGCGCGCAUUUGUGAAUUUCCAGAGUAUUGAAGUGACGCAGAUCUUUGAAAAUCAACGUAUGAAUGUGCUGACAGUACCGGGGCGAUCGCACUUGUGGAACGCCAACAAUCUGAAGGAGGGGGACUAUGCACCUUGGACAGACGUCAAUGGUGUGCCCAUUGCGGCAGACCGCGUGGAUCUGAGCGACUUCGAGGUGGACAACUACAGGGACCGAAAGAAGAAGCUGUUUUCAAUGGACCACGAUGGCUGGUGCUACGCGCGUAACUUCUCCGUUUUCCAGGAGGUUCGCACGAUGAAGACCGACUACAAGAAACGUGAAAAGCUGCAGCAUCUUGUAGCCGAUAGGCUGAUGGCUCAAGUACGACGGCGUCGGUGGGUCAAGAAGGGUUUGCUACCAUCGCGUCCUGACCCUCGCGACAGUUCUUUCAGCCUCGCUAGUGAUGAAGAGGAACACGGGCGGUUUCACUCCAUUUGGCGAAGACUUCAGCAAGGUGAUUUCAGUCGCUCGAACUCUGUUAGUAUGACCCCAACGAAUCGCAGUCAACUGGACUCCGGAAGUGGAAGAGCUGAUAGCUCGACUCCCGAAGGCGCGACUCGUGGUCGCCAGCUAUACAACUCGUCGUCCAUGCCGUCGGACGGUUCGGCGCUGGUAGUAGAUACUACUACUACUACGUCGUCGCGGCCUGCCGUGCUUGGUGAUACUACAUCGUUUCCAAAUACUCCAAGCUCCCAGCACGCACCUCGAAGCCCAUUUGUGAGCGCGCUCGCAAGCAGACCCCGCGGUGUGCGCAGCGCACGCACGUCACCUGUUCGAAGUGCUGGAGCUCAACUUUGUGGCAAUACUCGAAGCGCACGCAGCAGCUUUCACGGCCUGUUUAGUGUCGGUGGUAAUCGACAGCCCGGUACCGAUGACGAGUCCAGUGAGGCAGGCAGCGAGUAUGGAGGAGCCCACAGCAUCCGUGCGUCACUUAGGCGAUGGUAUUCUACGAUGGACGUGUUGGAUUUCGGCCGUCGCUCGAAGUUUAACGCUGAGUACUUCGACACAGGUGAGGAUAAUGUGGACGGCGACGAUCCGCUACUGGAGGUUGGUCGGUCAAGCUACCACGCAGCUACUCGCGAAGGUCUUUUGACCGAAGAAGAGGGCGAAGAAGAUGAAGACGAAGAUGCCGAUUGCCAGAUAAGUCACGUGCAGACAGCCGCCACGGUCCGCAAGGAGGACGAGACGCGAGCUCGUGGUCAGUUGUCGGAGAUCCGCGGCCAUCUUGUGGAAUUCCCGCUGGACUUUUUGGUCGAAGAGAUCCUCAAGCCGUCGGUCCUGCCUGCCGACAUUCAUAUUUAA